CCGCGCGCGGGGGGCGGGGCCCCCGGCUCCCCUCGGCCCUCGCGCGGGGCGGCGGCGGCGCCAUGUCGGUGGCGUUCGUGCCGGAGCGGCUGCGCGGGAAGGCGGAGGUGAACCAGGAGACGCUGCAGCGGUUGCUGGAGGAGAACGACCAGCUGAUCCGGUGCAUCGUGGAGUACCAGAGCAAGGGCCGGGCCACCGACUGCGUGCAGUACCAGCAUAUCCUGCAUAGAAACCUCAUUUAUUUAGCUACAAUUGCUGAUGCGACGCCACCCAGCACGCAGAAGCCUGUAGACUGACUGACUGCGCAUACCUGGACAUGAGUGGUGCUUUAAGAAUCUGUAGGCAUACCUAGUUUAGCGUCUCACUUUGAAAGCUGAGAAGGUGUGGUCUUGAAGGGCAGGUAAAAAUAUCAUCCAUACCUCUAUGUUAAAAACACAAAUGUAGUUUUUUAUGUAAUAUUAGGGUAGUUUUUUACCACAUUACUGUAAGCAGAGCUUAAGGGUGAUGAUAAUUAUUUAUCACACUUACAUUCCCCCUGCCAAAAAAUAUCAGGUAGCAUAUUUCUGAGAACAGCCUGGUUGUCAGGACAGUGCUCCCAGAGAUGCCUCUGGAGGACACUUGCUGUCUCAUUGAAGCGGAGACUGUUUCAUAACUAAGGUUGUACAAGAACAGGGUACACAUUUAGCUAGGUAACUCCUCUCUACUUCCAGCAUGACAAAGUCAGUCGUACAUUACCAUAUAUAUAUAAGCAAUCGACUGUUUCAUAUUUUGUAUCAUCACCACAGGAAUUGUGCUUAACAAACUAUUUUGUAAAUUAUAGUAUAUUCUGGAUUAAUGCAACACGUUAACAAAGGAGCAGCUCAGUGAUUUAGUGAAACAGAAACGUUAACUUUUCUAGGAAAGAUGGAACUGUUGCAUAACAUAGUGCAAUUAAGUGCAAGGGAGAAAUUGAGCCUUUAUUUCAGCGAGAGAAGGCUCUGUGUGUGCCCCACUUGUGUCAAGACUUUUCCUUUUUGCUUGAAAUGCUCUGUACUGCAGACUGUGUAAACAAGUAAAUUCUUGCAUAAUCAACUGGA